AUGCCCGAGGGAUUGCGACGUGAACUGGACAACCUCCCUUCCGCGUCACUGCUGCGCGUGGAGCCGCCAAAGUCGCUGCCUUCAACACCGAUGCUCGCAUCUCCGAAUGACAAGUGCAGGACACACACCGUGCUUGCACCCCGGUCUGUUGUCUCGGACGUAUUUCUGGGAACCAAAUGUCCGAUUGUGGACCUAUCUGAGCAUGACCAGCAGCAUUUGCGCCAAUUCUUCAACCCGACUUCGCAGCGACCUGUUGUCUUAAAGGGCUUUGGGCGACGCUUGCUUGAUCCGUCCAACCCAUGGACGCUGAACAGCCUUGAGAGACUGUGUGGACAGCAGCUGGUGGAGGGUGUUCGAGUGGCCAGGCCAGGUUCUACGACUUUUGACUAUGCAGAUGAAGGUAAGAACUUGUGCUUCUCAGACUCUUCCGCGAGGGGUCAGCUUGAACCUAUGCUGUUUGCCGACUUCGUCGCGCGAUUGCGGUCGUCCAGCCGAAGUCCCUACUACUUGUGGGCCGUUCUACUGGCCGCAAAGGCUGACCAGGACGAUCUGGUCCGAAGCCCACUGGCAGAGCUUUUGUGGCAAGAGGGCCUGGGAACAUUCAGAUGGGAUGAGCUGGAGCCGUUGCGUGAACUAGGUGAUUUGGGCCACGUGAAGAACAUGCAGCUGUUUUGCAGCGGUGCAGCAGCUGUAACGGCAUGUCACUACGAUCAGAGCCAGAAUCUCUUCCUUCAGCUGGAUGGUAUGAAACGCUUCGUGCUGUUCCCGCCAAUGGUCGGGGCAUCGUCCUUCCUACCCUUUCCCAUUUCGCAUCCCAGGGAUCGCUGUGCACGUGCCCGACUUGAUCAGGGCGCGCCUUCUCAGGACGGUCCUUUUGCCUCCUCUUGUCACUAUCCUUGUACAGCUCUGGCCCACGGACAAGGAAUUGAAGCUGUUUUGGAGCCAGGCGAUUGCCUCUUCCUGCCUCAGAUGUGGUGGCAUCACGUGGAAUCGCUGGCUAAGGAAAACGUUUCGCUCAGUAUCUGGUUUCAGGGUGGUGCCCUGGAGCAACGUCCGCUACCCGCACGACUGCUGCGACCUUUACCUGGCGCUUUAGCUUUGGAGCUGGUUCGGGAAUGGGAGUUUUACUUGGCGACUGAAAUUGGGUAUGGCGCUGAGCUAGUAUUAUUUACGGCCUGGUUGUCAUGUAGCUCAGGUGCGGCUGCGCGGGAAUCUGGCCUGGAACCACCCCCAAGACUUGCGGCUCGUUGGCUUCGGUGCGGUACCUUGAUCCUCCAGCAUGCUGUGCGACUACUGCCGACGGCCUUGCUGCACUUCUUCAUAGGUGCUUUCAACAGCCUUCGGUUUCAGGGUUUGGAAGGGCAGAGUGGAGCAGUGGGUAUUCCAGGGUAG